AUGAGGUUCUCCCAAAGGCCAACGCCGAAGUUCAGCGGAGGAACUUAUAGUGAAUACUGGGAGUUCAAGCGAGUCUUUCAGCGACACGUUGGGAUGGCGCAGAUACCUGAUACCUUGAAAUUAGACACACUUCUCGCUGCCUACGCUGGGCCCGCUAAGGACGCUUUGCGGGGAUGUCUGCAAAUUCUAGAUCCCAAAGCCGGGUACAAGGAAGCUUUGGACAUAUUGGAGAAACGUCACGGCAGUAAGCACACUUACGUUUGCCAGCUAAUAAAGAAGGCCCUGCGAGGUCCAACUGUGAGACUAAGUGACGCAAAGGGCCUCCAACAGUUCUCAGACGAACUGGGGAAUUGCGUGAGGAACUUGAAGGUCUUGGGAGAACUACGUCAGAUUGACACAGCAUCUAAUAGGGAUAUGAGACCCAUCAAUGCAGCCAAAUACACCAGACAUCCCUACAAUGGUGUGAAAUUCAUCUACCUGUACAAGGUUUUGUAUGUUGCCUAA